AUGUCUGUUUCUCCGUUUAAUUCACACUCUUUGACACUAAAUUGCUCUCUCUCUCUCUCUCUCUCUCUCUCUCUCUCUCUCUCUUUCUCUUUCACACACACACACUUACUCACUGUCUUUCUCUCUCCCUCUAGUCCUGGCCUCCUACUCUCUUUUUUUGCGUUGCGUUGUUUGCUUUGUUUGCUCUCUUUUUCAAUCACCCUCUUUGACACACAAUUGCUAUCUCUCUCUUCUUUUCUUAUACUCUCUCUCUCUCAUUCUUUUGUUAUCUCUUUCUUUCUUUCUUUCUCUUGUCUUGCUCUCUCUCUCUCUCUUUCUCUCUCGCUUUCUCAUUCUUUUGUUAUCUCUUUCUUUCUUUCUCUUGUCUUGCUCUCUCUCUCUCUCUUUUUUUUGUUAUCUCUUUCUUUCUCUUGUCUUGCUCUCUCUCUCUCUCUCUUUCUCUCGCUUUCUCAUUCUUUUGUUAUCUCUUUCUUUCUUUCUUUCUCUUGUCUUGCUCUCUCUCUCUCUCUCUCUCUCUCUCGCUUUCUCAUUCUUUUGUUAUCUCUUUCUUUCUUUCUCUUGUCUUGCUCUCUCUCUCUCAUUCUUUUGUUAUCUCUUUCUUUCUCUUAUCUUGCUCUCUCUCUCUCUCUUUCUCUCGCUUUCUCAUUCUUUUGUUAUCUCUUUCUUUCUUUCUUUCUCUUGUCUUGCUCUCUCUCUCUCUCUCUCUCCUUUCUCAUUCUUUUGUUAUCUCUUUCUUUCUUUCUCUUGUCUUGCUCUCUCUCUCUCUCUCUCAUUCUUUUGUUAUCUCUUUCUUUCUCUUGUCUUGCUCUCUCUCUCUCUCUCGCUUUCUCAUACUUUUGUUAUCUCUUUCUUUCUUUCUCUUGUCUUGCUCUCUCUCUCUCUCAUUCUUUUGUUAUCUCUUUCUUUCUUUGUCUUGCUCUCUCUCUCUCUCUUUCUCUCGCUUUCUCAUACUUUUGUUAUUCUCUAUCUCUUUCUUUCUUUCUGUCUUGUCUCUCUCUCUCUCUCUCUCUCUCGCUUUCUCAUUCUUUUGUUAUCUCUUUCUUUCUUUCUCUUGUCUUGCUCUCUCUCUCUCUCUCUCUCAUUCUUUUGUUAUCUCUUUCUUUCUUUCUUUCUCUUGUCUUGCUCUCUCUCUCUCUCUCUCUCGCUUUCAUUCUUUUUUAUCUCUUUUCUUUUCUUUCUCUUGUCUUGCUCUCUCUCUCUCUCUCUCAUUCUUUUGUUAUCUCUUUCUUUCUCUUGUCUUGCUCUUGCUCUCUCUCUCUCUCUCUCUUUUUUCUUUUUUGUUAUCUCUUUUUUUUCUUUCUUUCUUGUCUUGUCUCUCUCUCUCUCUCUCUCUCUCUUUCUUUCAUUCUUUUUGUAUCUCUUUCUUUCUUUCUUUGUCUUGUCUUCUCUCUCUCUCUCUCUCUCUCUCUCUCAUUCUUUUGUUAUCUCUUUCUUUCUUUGUCUUUUCUUUCUCUCUCAUUUUUGCUCUCUCUCUCUCUCUCUUCUCUCUUUCUCAUUCUUUUUUUGUUAUCUCUUUCUUUCUUUUCUUUGUCUUGCUCUCUCUCUCUCUCUCUCUUUUCAUUUUUUUAUCUCUUUCUUUCUUUCUUUGUCUUGCUCUUGUUCUCUCUCUCUUUUCUUUUGUCUCUUUCUUUCUUUCUCUUGUCUUUGUUCUCUCUCAUUCUUUCUUUCUUUCUUUCUUUGUUUGUCUCUCUCUCUCUCUCUUCUUUUAUUCUUUCUUUCUUUCUUUCUUUUGUUCUCUCUCUCUCUCAUUCUUUUGUUAUCUCUUUCUUUCUUUCUCUUGUCUUGCUCUCUCUCUCUCUCUCAUUCUUUUGUUAUCUCUUUCUUUCUUUCUUUGUCUUGCUCUCUCUCUCUCUCAUUCUUUUGUUAUCUUUCUUUUCUUUCUCUUGUCUUGCUUCUCUCUCUCUCUCUCUCUCAUUCUUUUGUUAUCUCUUUCUUUCUUUCUCUUGUCUUGCUCUCUCUCUCUCUCAUUCUUUUGUUAUCUCUUUCUUUCUUUCUCUUGUCUUGCUCUCUCUCUCUCUCUCUCUCUCAUUCUUUUGUUAUCUCUUUCUUUCUUUCUCUUGUCUUGCUCUCUCUCUCUCUCUCUCGCUUUCUCAUUCUUUUGUUAUCUCUUUCUUCAUCUUGUUUUCCCUCUCUCUCACUCUUUUGUUAUCUCUUUCUUUCUCACGUCUCUCUAUCUGUCUCUUUCUCACUCUCUUUCGCUCAAUCUCCAUUGCUCUCUUUUUUGCACACACUCUUUAA